CGCUUACGCCACAGAGCUGGAGGUGCAAUGUGAUCGAUCACCGCAACAGAAUUCCCAUGUACAUGAAUUAAAUGACAAAUAAGAAUAUGGAGCCCAUAGCUGUGUUCAAAUACAAGGAUGCCAGUCAUCCAGCCUUCGUAUUGAGAGGCCUCAAUGAGCUACGUCAUCAAAAAAAGUUCACUGAUGUUGUACUCUGUGCUGGUGAGGAAGAGGAUGAAAUCAUCUGUCACAGAGCUGUGCUCGCUUUAUGCAGUCCCUAUUUUAAUGCAAUGUUUUCAAAUGGGAUGCAGGAGAGUAGAGUUGAAACAAUAAUGCUGAAGGGUAUAGACCCUAAAAGUCUGGGUAUCAUUGUUGAGUUUCUGUAUACUGGUUGUAUUGAUAUUAGUGAGCAUAAUGCACAGAGUAUCCUUGAAGCUGCCAGUCUCUUCCAGAUAUCAUCUCUGGAAUCUGCUUGUUCUGUUUUCAUGAAGGAUCACAUGGAUGCCUCAAACUGUCUUGGCAUACUACAGUUUGCCUAUUUACACAACUUGAAGGAGCUUUACGAGAAAGCUGAAAUGUACAGCACUGUUAUAUUUUCUGAAGUCACUAAGUAUGAGGAGUUUUUACAGUUGCCGGGUGAGCUACUUUUGAAGUAUUUAUCUAAAGAUUUGUACACAGAUAAUGAAGAGGUAGUGUAUGAAGCAGCGAUGCAAUGGGUGAAAUAUGACAUAGAAAACAGAUCUAAACUGAUGUUUGAUAUCUUGAAUGUUUUAAGAUUGCCUUUCUUAUCACCAACUUAUCUAGUUGAGGCUGGGAAUAACCCAUUGACUAGCAGUGAGGAGAAUCUACGACUGAUUGAACAUGCUCAGAAGUAUCAGAACAUGUCAUUUACAGAAUUACAGAAGACAUCAUUGUUCCAGUGUCAUCCUAGAAAUUACAAGGAAGCUAUCAUUAUCCUGGGUGCAGAAUCAGUUGAUCACAUGGAAAUCAAGCAUCGAACCUUUAUGUAUGAUCCGCAAAGUAAGUUGAAGAUUCAGCGUCAAUCACCGCCAUUUCAGAAAUAUGAGAAGGUCCAGACUGCAGCAUCAUUGGGCAGUAAUGUCAUGGUUAGGACAAAUCUGGGUAACGCCUGGUUGUUUCUCCCACAUGAGAACACAUGGACUGAAGUGGCAAGUCCGUCACAACCACGAUGGCAUGGUAAGCUUGUAUCCUGCAGCAAUCAUGUAUAUCUUGUGGGUGGUUAUGGAUUGAAUCGUACAAUACUUGACAAAAUGGAAGUGUACCGACCAGAGUCAGAUUCCUGGGAGAUCAUCACAACCUUGCCGACUCCUGUUGUUGAUUGGCAUCAUUCAGUCAUUGCUUGUCGAGAAAAGAUCUUCAUUUUUGGGAGUUCAAGUUCAGAUUGCGAUGGCAUACCAGACAUCCAAUGUUAUGACAUACUAGCCAAUGAAUGGAGUUUACAAGGUCAUAUGCGAGUACGUACACAGAAAAUUCGUGCAGAAGCGCUCAAUGGUUGCAUUUACACAAUCGGUAACAUGCCGUACUACAACCACAUAGAGUGCUUUGAUGUCGAAAGCAGCACAUGGAGGACUGUCAAGAACCUUAUUGAAAGCAGGCAUGAUUUCAGCACUGCAGUUUGUAAUGGCAAGUUAUAUGUAUUUGGUGGUGAGAAGGAGGGUAGAUAUGGUAGCAAAUGUAUUCUAAAUUCUGUGGAAUGUUAUGACCCUGUUGAAGAUCGGUGGAAUAUAUCAGACAGCAGUGAACAUCUAUUGAAUAUGCACACUAUCACGAUACUGCAUCCAGAAUUUCAACCAAGCCACUUAACUGGACCCAAACAACAUUAA